UUUAUCUGUUUGGCUAGUAAUAUGGCGCCGACGACAAAAGCAGUUAGAGUUAAGGUGAUGAGUAGACGGAAACUGGGCUCGGGUUGUUGUGCUUUGGGAUGUAACAUGACCUCUGGAACAAAUACCUUGUCGAAAAUAAAAAUGCUUCGAUUUCCCAAAGACGAGGAGAGACGGCGAGUAUGGAUCGCCGCUUUGAGAAGAGAAACUUGGCAGCCAGGCAAGAAUUCAAAGAUCUGUAGCACUCACUUCGUUACAGGAAAAAAGAGUGAUGAUCCGCUACACCCUGACUACGUGCCAAGUAUAUUUAGUUUCACCUCCACGGCUGAUCGACAUAGAGCAGUUAAGGACCUGGAAAAUUAUCUAGCAUUUCAAGAAGUUUCUGAUAAUAAAUUUGCUGCCACAGCUCUUCUAAAUCAAGCACCUGCAUCAGAAGCGAAAGUUCAUCCUGAAGAAGUCUUGGUCACUAAGGAAGAGAUUGAAGAAGUCCUAGUAACCGAAAUCAAGACAGAGGAGACACAGAAUGACAUUGCCUCAUUAUAUGAACAGAUUGCAUCUUUAAAUGCUGAAUGUCAGUCACUGAGGGAUAAAAUGUACAGUUUAGAAAAUGAGUUGAGACUGUGCACUCUUGACCCUUCUCAAUUUGAUGACAAAAAAAUUAAAUUCUUUACAGGACUGCCCAAUUCACAGACUUUCAUGUCAUUGUUCAACUCUGUGUCAUCAGUUCUUCCUUCUACUUCAAACCAUUCCCUCAAGCCCACACAAGAGCUCCUCCUUACACUGAUGAAGCAGCGCCUCAAUCUGUCUGAGGGAUUUUUAGGCUACCUCUUUGGGAUUCAUCAGUCAACAGUAUCAAGAAUCUUACAGCGUUGGAAAAAUGUAACAAACAAUGCAAAACAAAAAGAUGAAACAACAUGUCAAAGUGAAGGACAGCCUUCAGAUGAUUGUGGUGACAUGCUGUGCUCUUUGUGAAAACAUUACAAUCUUAGCUUGUGUAAAAGGGUAAUCAAACAACCUUCAAUGUAAUAUUAAAUUAAACUAAACAUGACCAGUUUUAAAGGGAUUUUUUUCCAUCUUGUUCCACACAAUGAAAAACAAUAAACAAAUAUGAAUUCAUAUUUCAUAUACAUA